UCUCACUGCAUGGCGUACAGUCGACAUAGCAACUAACGAAGUCGUCUGCACGUUGACAUUUGAGAGGGUUUGGAAAUGGAAGUAUAUAGGGGCGAAGAUUAAUAUUUUCGAAGAGAGGAUGUAUCCCGGGGAUGUAUUCCUUAAUCUCUGAUAUAAAUAUUGCAGGACAAUGAAUAGCUCUUCUUCAAGAUCUUCUUCGGUGAAGAAACCUUGCAGAAAGAAAAAGCCUAGUUACCAUGCCAACCCUGCCUACCACAGCGGCUUCUUCUGUCACUGUUCGUCUUGCCGAUCCUUUCAUCAUCUCUUUGUAAAAGACAUUGAUGUGGUGGGUAAAGUCUGUGCCACUGUCAGGGAUAAAUCAAGCCUUCAGCUGAGCAACGAAGCCUUCCUGGAUAGGUUCAGAGAGACCCAGCUCAACACAAAACCCAACUGGAUCAAACUGGGCGAUCGAGUCACAGCUAAGGGCAAGUAUAAGGGUAUUGUGAAGUAUAUUGGUCCUCUUGAUGAUCAAGUGGUAUCCCCACCUACGUACGUAGGAAUCCAGCUUGAUGACCCAGUGGGAUUGCAUUGCGGCAUCAUCAAUGGCAAGCGCUACUUUGAAACGCCAAAAGGGCGUGGCUUGAUGGUGAAGUACGAAGAGGUGUCCAAGAGGAAACCUGCCGAUAAGUGCCCCCCUAUCCAGGGGAACACCAUGUUUCCAAGCUACGAGCCAGGCAAAUACACACGUCUUUGGGCCAAUAGUGAUGUAGGUUCACCGGUGAAUCAGACUGAAGAGUGGAAAGAAAGAGGAAGAGCUAAAUCUGCACCACCAAAACAAAGUGAAGCAGAAGAAAGAGCGUCACUGAAUGCUCAACAGUCUUGGUCUAGAGCCAAGUGGAGGAUUAGCUUGAUGUUCAAAUUGGAUGACAAAGGCACCCAGAGGAAUCGGCCAGACCAACUCCCACCAAAGGUCCUCCAGAAGAUCUCGGACUGGAAGAAGGGGCUCAAGGGGGAUGAGAAAGAGGCAGAUCAGCUGGCCCAGACCCUCAAAAAACUACACCUGGCCCAGGAGAAGGGGCGGAGAGAGCUAGAGGAAGAAAGAGAGAAAGAAGAGAGAGAAAAGGCGAGGUUGGAAAGAGAGAAAGGGAGAGGAAAAGAUUGGAAGGGGAGUAACAUUAAGAAUUGCUAUAUAAAAUAAGAUGUAAAAGCUGAAGAUCAAGAAGAUAUUGAACUAGAAGCGGUCGAGGGGACAAGAAAGAUGCCAAGAAGUUGCUUCAGUCCAUCAAGAAAUAAUACUUGGCACAGGAGGUGGUGGAGGGAAGAGAGAUGGAGGAGAGAAAGACAGAAAGAAGAAAGGGAGAUGAAGAGAUCAGAAGCAUCGGGGGAUGAAAAAUAGUUGCUACAAAGCAAAGUACAAAAGCUGGUGAUGAGGAAGUUCUUGCAGGAGAAGAGGUUCAAGGACAUAUGAGAGAUGUGAAGUAGUUGUCUUGGUCAAGAAAUAGCACUAGGAAGGAGUAGAGAGAGAUGGAGGAGACAGAGAGAAAAAGGGAGCGAGAAAAACAAAGUAGGAAACAGAUGAAGGAGAGGAAAUAAAAGCAGUGAUUAGACAAGGAUGACAAAGUAGAACUGUGGGCAGGAGAAGAAUAAAGGAUGCUCAGUGGAUGUGGGAGAGUGAGGUAUAGAAAUAAAGUAUACUACAAAUGCGAGAAGAAAAUCAUUUCCCUGUCAUGGCCAAGUUAUUUUUUUUAACCAUUGCCAAACUAAAUUGUGCCAUAUUUUUAUUUGUGUCAUGUAAUUAAUUUUUAUUUUUUACAAAACUAUGCAUCUUAGAAUUGAAGACUACGCAUCACCUGGGGGUGAAAAUCCUAUUUGUUGCUGCAGUGAGGAUUUUCAAUUUUCUCCCCUCUUGUUACGCAAAAUUAAUUUUUCAGGUACAUGUAUAUCCAUUGCGUUAUUCAGUAUUAAAACUUUAGUUGCAUUAAUUAUCUUACGGGUUUUAUGUCACCUUGUUAUUUCAGGUUAAAUGAUUUUCUUAAUUUUUUUUUAAAGAUGGUUCUGUACCAGUACCUGUAUUCGAAUUAUCAGUGUCUGAAGCUUCGGUGGAAAUGGAGUUUCAUAUGAGAACUAUUGUAUUAGUUUUACCCAACCAUAUGGUCAUAAUAUUGAUAGUUGAACUUUACAUACAUACAUAUCAGGGGCAGAGGAACGGUUUAGAAAGUGGGGAGGGGGGGGGGGGGACUGAGCCGAAAGUGGGGGUGGCUGACCAUACAAAAUUCACAAUCAGAUGUUCAUUUUCACGUUUUUGUACUUGGUUUUGGAAAAAAUGGGGGACCUGAAGCCCCCCCCCCCCCGUUCCACGGCCCCUGAGUAUCUCGUGACUGGGCUGAUAAAAUCUUUUAUCUCAAAAUUUGAAUAUUUUGAUGACAGCUCAGAAUGAACUAGAUUUUAGAGUUAUAACAUGGGUAGCAACCUUAUGUUGCCUAAAAUUUUUUUACAGGUAAUUACAAUCUACUAUGACUGGAGUUAUUCCUUUCUUCAUUUUGCCAUUUUUUUGUGUGCCAGAUUUAUGAUCAUAUACCAACAGAGAGAUGUGUAUUGUAAUUACUAAUGCUGUUUUCUAGUAAAAAAAAAAUCUAUGCACUUUAUAAAACCUUGUGUGCCUUGGGUUACUUAACUGA